AUGAGUUCGCGAAUUUAUCCAAUUCCACAUUAUAUAAUUCCACGAAGAUGUGAAGAAACUAACAGACAACAAAGAGAUUUCAAUGAGCGAAUAUUAGCGAUUUUCGAAGAAACCAGAGCUGGAGAUUUUGCCGAACUUUUGAAGGAAACUGAACAAUUCUCGAUUUUAUUGAAAGAAAAUUCCAAAGAUAAUUUUAUAUCAAUGCUCAAACUUCAUUCGAUUCUACAAAAAUCUGCAAAAUGUAUUAAAGAUAUGUUUCCAUUGGAUAUGGUUAAAAUGCUGAUAGCAAUGACAAAUUUCAAUAACACGAUGGAUAUUAAUUUGAUUGAAGAAAUAAUUAAAAUCUAUGUUCAUUGUGAAAAUCUUUAUAUCAAACUACUGCCAUACGCAGAAAAUAACAAAGAGAUUUCAACUUAUGUAAGUUACUUCUAUUAUGUUUUCAACAAAAACAAAGAUUCAAAAUUUAAUUUCUAAUUUUGUUUAGCAACUCCAAGAGUUCAUCACCGCCAAUUAUAUUCCUUUGAUGAAAAAGAAGCCGGAAAAGUCUGAAUAUUAUUCAGCGUAUAUUGUUGGAAUUAUGUUUUUCAUCUUGGACGCGAGAAGAAAAGAUUUCGCAUUGAUUCAGGAUUUAUUAACAUCCACUUUGUUUUUCCAUUUGGAAAGUUGCAUUUUGUAUGAAAAUGAGGAAACCGAUGAAGAACCACCGAUUGAAUUGUUAGUUUGAAUAAUUUUUGUUGAAAAUUUUGAAAAAUGAAAGAGGAUUUUCAGUUUGUCACUGCGAUUUUUUGAAAAAGCAUUGAGAGAAUUUAGAAGUUUGGAUGUUGAUCGAAAUGGAGUAUUGUCAGAAUCAGAAAUGCUAGUUUUUGGAGGGUAAGUAACUUUUUGAAUUCAUUAAUGAAAACUAGAUGAGGCGUACCGUUUCAAAAAUCGUCUAGAAAUAAAAAUUUGAAGUUCCAAAAAGUUCUACUAGGAAUUCCCGACAAUUUUGACUCUUCAUUUGAUUCCUAACUUUAGCUUGACAUUUUUCCAGUUCCUACUUCAACUCGAUUUUCAUCAAAAGAAUAUUCGAAAUUUCGCAAACCUAUGAGAAGGGUUCUUUGGAUUUCAAAGGAUUUGUUGAUCUAAUCAGCGCUAUUGAAUUCAGACAUGUAAGUUCUAUUUACAUUUUCCCUUUGAAAUUCAAUUCUUCAUUGACAAUUUUAGACUCGCGCAUCUGCAAAAUAUCACUUUGAAGCGUUUGAUCUUAAAAACGACGGAGUUCUUGAUGAACAAGAAAUUCGAGAAUUAGUGAGUCAUAUUUUUCUUCAAAUGAAAUAUUCGCUGAUUUUCAGUGCUUGAUGUUGCCUGAAUGUAUUCCCGAAGAAGGUGUUGCAAGUCCUGAUGUUUUGGUCUACGAAAUUAUGGAUAUGAUAAAAACCAAGAAAUUGUAAGGAUCUUGAUUUUCUCGAAAAAUGUAAGAAUGUUUUAAAUUUCAGUUUGACAUUGGAGGAUGUGAUAUCCAGCAACAUGUUUCCAACAUUCACUGGAUUUGUAUCGAAUUACAAUGACUGGAACAGAUAUGAAAAGAGGGAACAAUAA